AUGUCUGCCACACAAAAACCACGGAUUGUUGCCUUGGGCAAGCCGAGAUAUGUCGGAGAGGACUACCUCGCUGAGUUCCAGAAGGAUUUCAACUACUCCGUACUCGAAGCCUACGACCGCGCGACCACCCAGCGACUGCUCGCGGAAUCGAUUGCUCGGGACGGUCCAAUUGACGGAUUUAUCAUCCGAAUGGGCACGCCGCCCUACGAACCUUUCGAUAUGGAGCUGCUGUCUAGCCUGGCCCCCAACUGUCGCAUCAUCACCUCAGCCAGUGCUGGUUACAAUGAAUUCGAUGUGGAGUGGAUGACCAGCCAGGGCAUGUAUUUCUGCAACACCGUCGACGCUGUGGCGGAGAGCACCGCGGACAUGGCUAUCUUCCUGAUUCUUGGCGUCCUGCGCAAUACGACCAAUGCUGAGCGUCAAGCCCGCGAGGGUAGCUGGCGCGCCGAUCUCGUGCCCACUGCCGAUCCCUCCGGGAAGGCCUUGGGUAUCGUGGGACUGGGAGCCAUUGGCAAGUAUCUCGCCAAAAAAGCCGCAGUGUUCAACAUGCGCAUCCUCUAUCACAAUCGCAACCGGCUGUCGCCGGAAGACGAGAAAAUCUACGGGCUCACCUACUGCGAGACCCUGCAUCAGCUCCUCCAGCAGUCCGAUGUGGUGUCCAUCAACUGCCCGCUCAACGCCCAGACCGAGGGAUUGAUCGGCAAGGAAGAGUUCGCGGUCAUGAAGGAUGGCGCUUAUUUCAUCAACACCGCCCGGGGCCCCAUUGUGGAUGAGUCGAGCCUGAUCGAGGCCCUUGAGUCCGGCAAGGUGACUCGCGCGGGACUGGAUGUCUUCGCCAACGAGCCGAACGUGAACUCGUACUUCAAGACCAGCAACAAGGUCAUCGUGCAGCCGCACUUGGGCGGGUUGACCGACGUUUCCUUCGGUCGGGCCGAGCGCGAGUGCUUCGAGAACAUCAAAGCCCUCUUCGCCCACGGCAAACCCAACUCGCCAGUCAACACGCCGCUAUAAGGCGCGCGCAAGGGAUCGGGC